AUGGAUAUCAGUGAUAUAUCUGGAAUCCAAUUGGCAACCAGUCCAUUACCAAGAACAGCCAUUGAUUAUAACUCAUCGUUCGAAGAGUCGCCGGCGAAACGAGUGAAAUAUUCUCAUGAACUCACCAAAUCAUUUGACGAGAAACUCAGUCAAACAGUCACUCUUGUACUCAGAAACAAUGAAGAAGUAAUUGUCGAUCGAAGCCUUCUGUCUCACUAUUCAACAUACUUUCGUGUCUUGUUCUCCAACGAAUUUCGUGAUUCCAAAUCUUCAAUUCAUAGAAUUCGUCUAAUUUCGGCCACCGAUCUCCAUCUCUUACUCACAAUUCUGAGGGCUUCUGAACAGGGAAUCAAACCGAAUAUCAAUGUACAAAAAGCUGUUGAGCUCCUUGAACCAGCCGCCUACCUUCAAAUCGGUAUUGCUCUCGACUAUAUUAGUGAUGUUAUCUACAUCAUUAAAAUAUUCCGUCUUGCACUUCUCUAUUACACUCCACUGGCUGUAAGAGUCUGGCGAGCAAUGAUCAGACAAUUUCAGACGAUGUUCAGCACGAAUGUAUAUUUGACACUAAAAGAGAAUGAACUGAUGGGAUUACUCACGGAUAAACAUUUAAAUUUGAAGAGUGAAGACGAAAGAACUGUAAUUGUCAAUUGGAUCAAACACAACUCUCCGCUUCAAUCCGAUAAAAUCGUUCAAUUCGCUCAGAAGAAUUUCGCGAGAAGACCACAACCAGAUGCCACGAAAUAUGAAGUUAUUCGCAAUAGACAGCCAAUUGGAGCUAUUGUUUCAUUCGGUGGAUGGGCAAGUCGAGGAGUUGCCCAGAAGAUCGAGGUGUUCAACACGAGAUGCGACCGCUGGCAAUCCUGUAAUUUUGAUUACGAUGUACCAAAUAUUCGUCGAGCUUACAAUGGAAUCGAGAUCGUCGACGAUAAACUUGUUGUCUUUGGCGGUUUCAAUGGAUUUCAACACUAUCAAACAACAGUUGUUUUCGAUUUGGCAACGAAAAAUUGGAAGAACGGAGCCAACAUGCAUGAUAAAAGAUGUUAUGUGACAGCAGCAAAAGUCAAAGAUUCUCAUGGAAGGCAACUCAUUUAUGCCUGCGGAGGAAUGAAUGGAGUGUCUCGUUUGAAAACUGCUGAAAUAUACGACUACCACUCAGAUCAAUGGACAGAGAUUGCCAAUAUGUCACAUUUGAGAUCAGAUGGAGCAGUUGUGACCGUAGACAAUAAAGUUGUGGCAGUCGGUGGAUUUGAUGGGAGAAAUAUUCAUUUCGGCGGAGAAAUUUAUGAUCCGAUAGUCAAUGAAUGGCAUGCUCUCUCGUCGAAUAUGAGAACUCGUCGAACCGGUUGUACAGCUGUUUCAAUAAUGAAUCACGUAUGUAUGGUAAUUGGAGGAUUCAAUGGAAACAAACGACUUGAUACUGCUGAAAUAUAUGAUAUAAGAGAAGGUUUAUGGCAUCCAGUAUCUGUUAUGCACAAUGCAAGAUCCAAUUUUUCUGCGUGUCCAAUGGAUUAUUCAAUUUAUGUUGCUGGUGGAUUCGAUGGUCAGUCAACAACAAAAGAAUCAGAAAGACUAGAUUUAAGAACCAGAAAAUGGCAGGCUCUUCCUGAUCUGGCUGAAGCUAAAUCUGCUCUUCGUAUGGUAUCACUAGUUGAUCAUCCAUUUCUCGAUGAAUUAUUCAAUAUUUCCGAAGACGAUGAUAUUGUGACAAGGUGGUAA